AUGGAGGAAUCAAGGAGCCAACAGAGCCAAGAGCCAACAGAGCCAAGAGCCAACAGAGCCAAGAUCCAUGAGCUUUCACCAUAGAACCAACAUUCUGAGCUUACGGCAUUCCCAAUGUUCCUGUCGCCAGCAAAGCUUCCGGCAACCAUGGCGUUGCAAGGCAUGGAAGAACCACUACCCUUCAGAUGUCAGCGGCCGGGCAGCCGAGGGGCAUGGCCACGCCGUUUUAAACCACCAUUCUCUCUUCGAGCAGCUGUGACCGCAAAACAGCGCACCAAACAACGCACCCAACGGAGCUUCGGAGCCUGAGAGGCUUUCCACCCUCCUCCGUCCCACGCUCAACGCUUCACCAGCUGAGGGACUCUUUAUCGAGCUCUCUCUCCGCCGGUCAACCAACAGCGAGAUGGAGCUCUCUCAAGCUUCCGGUGCCGCUACGUGCACGGCUGUCGUGGUGACGUCAGCGCUGGUCGCCGCAGGAGUCGCCGCGUUUUCCAGCGGAGCUCUCUCCCGCACUGCGGUCGCGAGUGCGGGUACGGCGAAGGAGGACAAAUCCCCCCCCGACGCCGCCUCCGCGAAAGUUGCCAAUUCGAAGGACGAGGUUCUACCGUGGCUUCCCGACAAGAUUGUUGCCUCUCUCGAGGACUUCCCGUUCUUCUUGAACAAGAAGACUCGCGAGCUUCUCACCGCAUCGGCUGGGAGGACAUUCAUUCAGGGCGGUGCUUCCAAGCGCUCGAAUUCGAUCACCCUGCGAGGUCCUGAAGGGACGCUGCGGUUCCAGGCGGAGCUGUGCAAGGGACUCGCCAAGAAGUUCGAUGCGGCCUUGUAUCUCCUGGACGGCUCGUUUGUCCAGCUCCUCUCGCAGAGCUCUUACUGGCGAGGAUCGUCGAGCAGCCGUAGCAAGCUCGCGAUUUGGACUGGAGGGUCGGGCCUUUCUUACUUCACGGAGAAAGGGAACGCAACUGUGACACUUCAGGCCAUCUCUAAGACCGCCCGUGCACGUCCAGUCAUUUGCCUUUUGGCGUCUGCGGAUGGCUGCGCUGCAGCGCUUGCUCAAUCGCUGUCUAAGCGCCUGGAGGGGCCCCAUGGCAUUCUUGUCGUUGGGUCUUGCACUGCCAGCUGCGAGGAUGUGCAUGGAGCAUCCCGUUCUGAAGUGGAAGUUCUUCCUCCUAAGGACUCGGAGAAGCUGAAGGCGUGGGGAGCCAUGCUGAAGGAGCAGACCCAUUACAUGAUAUGCGAGCGGAACCUGCAGGCCAUAUUCCUGGCGCUCAAGGCUCGCAAGGUCACAUGCGACGAAGACGUUGCAGAUGCGAGGUUCAACUUCACUGCUUCUCUGACUGAAGAUGACGUGCAGGACAUUAUAAACAUGGCGUUAUCAGAGCAGAUGGUUUCCGGUUGCACAAACACUCAGUUCCACAUCACGCGAGAGAGGCUGGAAUACUCCCUGAACCUGUUCUUUGACGAAGAAGGUACAUCCCACGAGAAGACGGCCAUCACCAACGGCCAGACCCAGGCCAAGGAGCCAGUGGCUGUGAACAAGGCCAUCUUGCGAGUUGGAAUCCCCAAGUCGGAUGAAGGUGGAGGCUCGAAGGUGGGGACGCCCAGGGGAGAUGCUGUGAAGACUCCCAGAGCAGCAGAAGCACCUGCCAAGACUGCUUCUCCCAAGGUGGCGACUCCAAAGAAGCCACCUCCAGCUCCUGUUCCAGCAGCAGCAUCUGAUGACAAUGACUUUGAGAAGCGCAUUCGACCUGAGAUUCUGGCCUCUGGAAGCAUUGGCGUGACGUUUGAUUCCAUUGGUGCGCUUGAGAGUGUGAAGGAGUCGUUGCGUGAGCUGGUCCUUGUGCCGCUGAAGCACCCUGAGAUCUUCAACAAGGGAGGCUUGCUGCAGCCAUGCAAGGGGAUCCUUCUGUUUGGACCUCCUGGUACCGGCAAAACUAUGUUGGCCAAGGCUGUUGCUACCGAGUGUGGAGCCAGCUUCAUUAACGUUUCCAUGUCAACCAUCACCUCCAAGUGGUUUGGUGAAGAUGAGAAGAAUGUGAGGGCUCUCUUUACACUGGCGGAGAAGGUGGCACCAACUGUGAUCUUCAUCGACGAGGUGGACAGCAUGCUCGGUCAGCGCAAGGGAGCAGGGGAACACGAGGCGAUGAGGAAGAUCAAGAACGAGUUCAUGACGCACUGGGAUGGCCUGGCUUCCAAGGCAAGCAGCAAGGUGCUCGUGCUGGCUGCCACCAACCGGCCCUUCGAUCUGGAUGAAGCUAUCAUCCGCCGCUUCCAGAGGCGCAUCAUGGUCGGUCUGCCUGACCUGGAGAACAGGGAGCUCAUUCUGCAGUCCAUUCUCAAGAACGAGGAGGUGGAUGCUGAUGUUGACUUCCGUGAGCUUGCUCAACUCACUGAGGGCUUCUCAGGGAGUGACCUUAAGACUCUAUGCACUGCAGCAGCUUAUGGCGUUCUGAGGGAGGCACUUGCAGCAGCAAAUGGGGAUGGUAAUGAGGAGCCACUGAAUCUCAGAGCCCUAACAUUGGAGGACUUUCGCAAAGCCAAGAAUCAGGUGUCGGCCAGUGUGGCUGGUGAAGCGCAAAGCAUGCAAGAGCUGAAAGAGUGGAAUAACCUGUAUGGGGAGGGAGGCAACCGGAAGAAGGCUACACUGUCUUACUUUCUGUGAUUCUUUUCCAGUCUCUUGAGCUUUUCAAUGGCUUCAGCUGUUUCUGCUACCAGUAGAUAUGAGGUUGAACAGGAUAUGCUAACUGUACCAUAUUUGGCUUGAAAUAAUUAAAGUGUACUAAAUUUC